AGGUGAAUAAUUUCGUUUGCCGUAGAGUUUUUCCCAUUGCUCAGAAGUAGGUAGGUUUUUUCGGAAGCCGUUGAGUUUAUACAUAAAAGUAAACAAAAAUUGACACGAGGUUAAAGUAAAUAUUAGUAUGGAUCUAUUUUCAGUUUUUAAUGACGACAAUUUAAGCCUGAACAGUUCUGAAGAAAGCUCUGAGGAAAGUGAAAUUCUACAAGAAAUUGUUGAAGAGGAUGGGAAAAUCACAGAUAUUGACUUUUUGCCAGUAAAUUGCAUUGAUAAUGGAGACAAAACCAAACUUGUUUAUCAUUGUAAAUCACACGAAGAAGCAUUGCAUUGUAUCAAAAAAUAUGAAUUAAGAACAACAACACGAUUUGUGGUGUAUUAUGCUAAUAAAAAUUUUGGUAACACAGAUACAAUUACAACGAAUCAUAGUGUACUUUGGGAAGAUUCUGCUAUUCCUUAUUCAGGAAUACCUUAUAUUGUUAUUUCAAAUAAAGUUUUAGAUUGUCACCAUGGGUUUGACAGAAAUGUUUCAAAAAAAAAUGAUUACAAAAAAAAUAAAAAAAGACAUGAUAUGGAUGAUCAUUGCUUUCAAAAAAACUAUUUAAUCUUACAAGAUAGUAAAAAGUUUAUGUGUCCUGCCAAAAUAGCUAUGAAGGAAAUAAUUCACUUUCCUGAUUUUAAGAUAUCAGAAAAAACUGAGUGGCGCAAAAAAAACGCAUCAAAACUUUUGAGACAAAAAAUAAAAACUUCACCAUUAAAUGAAAUCCAACAUACAAGAACAAUUGUAGUUUCCAUUGAUGAUUUGUCCUGUCAUGAUAAACAUCCUGUUGGACAGGCUGACUUGAUUUCUCAAAUGAUUGAUCCUCAAAUUUCUAAAAAAAUAGAAGAAUAUGUUAAAGAAGGAAUAUGCAACAUUAGAGAAAUGAAACGUCUUCUUCGACUAUUUGUUAAGGAUAUAUUUGAAAAAGAAAAUCUUCCUCCUCCAAAUAAUAGAAGAUUUUAUCCAUGUGUUAAUACUAUAAGAUCACAUAUAGUUAAAAUGAAGCAAAAGUUGAGAUAUUCCAUGAUUGAUCAAGAAUGUCUUUUGAAAAAGUGUCAUGAAUGGAAAAAAAUUGAUCCACAUAUUAAAGUGUUAAUUCGACCAAAAUGUCCGUGCAAUGGGUCCAAAGGUCAUUUUUAA